CUGGGGAAAAAGCUUUUUAGCUUCAAACACCAUUGACAUUGAUCAGCAUAAGCAACGAAGAAAAAUGACAGAAGUUGUGAAAUCAGUCCAGUCACUUUGUAAGAUUGAAGAUUUUAGAGAAGACACAAAAAAGAUAAUGCAACCGUAUGCUAACUGGGAAAAGUUUUUGGUGCCUGGACCAGUCUCCAUAGCCAUUCUGGGGGAACUUGUCUGCAUCUCCUCAGAUGUAGAUUUUUCCAUCAACAAGAACCCCCCCAGUGGUGGGUUUCAGUUUAUCAAGUAUCCAGAGUCAUUCCGUGCCUGUCUGAUGCAAGUGGCCAAUUCAGGAUGGGCAGCAUUCAAUGAAGCUCAUAAGAACAUGGACCAGAUUCGUCUCCAUACUGCCAGUGUUCCAGGUUACGUGACAAUGGCAGCGAAAAUACUGCUCCAGGACAAUGAUGAGCUUGUCCAGACUCUCCUCCCUGACCAGUUGGAAAACAUAGCUACUAUAUCAAAACAAUGCACAGAUCUAGCUAAGAAUACUGAAAAGAAGUUCAAUAUUGUCAUUAACCUGAUCCAAGAAUUAUUAGAAGCAUGCGUCAAUGCAAAGAAAAUCUAUGGGGAUGAGCUGGAGGAAGUGCAACGUAACAUAGAAGCAGCAAAGGAGAAGAAAAAGGCUUCAGAUAAAGCCAAUGAAAGAGCAACAAAAGCAUAUGAGGAGUUAAAUAAGCACCUAGAAGAGGCACAGAACACAUAUAAUACGGCAAUAAAUUCAAUGCCAAGUGGUUGGGAAGUUCUUGGGAUGAACAUCGUAGAAGGAAUCGUGCAAGGUAUAACAGGUAUUAUAGCUCAGUGUACUACCAUAAUAGGAAGUGACAAGAGGGAAGAUGAAAACAAGAAUAUUUUUGCAACAAGCAAUGUAUUCUCCAAAUCAGGGCAGCUUCUUAAAUAUGCACAAUCAGUGCGUGAUUUUGUUCAUGGAAACAAAAUCAGUUGGUCUGACAUAUAUGAUCAACAAUCUGAAAAAUCCAAAACGGCUUUCCUGAAAGAGCAGUUUGAACAAAUUCAGAAGGAGGUGAAAGAUGAAUCCUGUAGAGAAAAAGAGCUUGUAGCAAACAUCUGCACAAAGGCUGUUGAGCUCUGUGCUGAGCUAACAAAGAUUGCACCUACAGGAAAAUAUGACGAUGCUAAGACAAAAGAGCUGAUUUCUGGAAUCCAGGACUUGUUUAUGCAAACACAUGAAUUUGAUUCUAAGAGUAAAUCGUUCUCCAACACUCCUGUUUUUACACCUCAGCCCCCACUGCUGUCUAAAAGCAGCGAAAAGAAAGGGGCAGGUGAAGCUGCAGUGGAAAACGCCCGAUUCCGUAUAGAGCAAAGUCGAGCCCAACUGGAAAAGAUGAGAGAGGCACAGAAGCAGAGUUUGGAAAACCUGGAGAAAAACCAGAAGGAGCUGACUGAAAUCCUCAUCACCCUGAGAAGCUGUGAAGUCAAGGAAAUAGAUUUCACCACCACCAUUAAAAUGUUGGUCAAGGGACUUGAUGCCAUGGGAAGAGUGAAGGAGCAGUGGGAGAAGAUGGUGCGAUUCUUUCAAAUGAUUUCAUCUAUUAUCGAGACCUGCUUGAGCACAUCUCUGAAUAAUUUUGUUAAAACGUCUGAGAAGUCAUUAGAGAAGAAACUCUCAUAUGACACAAGAAUGUUUCAGAAAGACCUGAUCUAUCAGCAGGCUUUUCAUGCAUCUAAUGUUGCCAGUCUGGUGAACAUGAUCUCAGGGACCUACGUGGAGAUUUCUGAGAAACACCUAAUGGACAGGGUCAGCAGCCUGGGUAAACUCAUGGCUCUCAAUCCCAAAUCAGAGGGUUUUGUAUCCGAACGCCUAAAAUUACAAAAGGGCUGCGAUGAAGCUCAGGAGGCAAUAAAAACUCUGGUUUCUGAGAAUUGCGAGACCUACGAUAAAAAAACGAAACAAAGAUUUGAAACUAUUCAGCGUGAGCUGAAUGCAGUGCUGCCCCCAGCGUCUGAGAAAGAAACAGAAAAACUAAGAUCAAUCACUGCAGCUGCAUUUAAGGACUUGAGUACGGACGAUGCAAAUCAGUUUUGCUAAAGGUGUCAAUUUAAAUCAGUCAAUAUGUACUUUCCUAAAUUCUUAAACCUUUAUUUGCUUUCAUUCAUGCUGGUGCUUUCCUACUGUAUAGCACUUCUCAUUGUACAUAGGCCAUUCAUUUGCUCCGGUCUCUUCGCCAGCUCCCCCUGCUGCUAAGAUCCAGUUCAAGUUCCACAACCUACAGUUUCUUACAUGGCUUGACUCCUCAGUACCUCCAGUCUGUCCACUCUCCUAGGGGUAACCUCUU